AUGGCCUCCCCCGACCCUCCUUACACUUCCCCGCCGGCCAUCUUCCAACCCAGAAUCCGUGACGGCAUGAUCGUCGUGCGCCGACCUGCGACCACAAACGAUGCGACCAUUUUCUGGGCUGGCAAUUACUUCUUCCCAAAGGGAACCAAUGAGGCCAUCGGCAUGGACUACCCUGCCUUCCUCGCUGAUCUGGAAGCCCACUUCCAGUACAACCCGGAACUCGACGAGAUCCAGUUCCAUGUACCCUCCCCAUACCGAAACAUCGAUUUGGACCCUUCCCGGCCCCGUGUGAGGGAUAUCCAAAGCCUCCAGCCCACAGUAGGCAUUGUCCGUACCUACAAUGAGUGGCUCGCAGCAUUGUGGGCGAUGCAAAGCUCGCGUCUGAUGCGAGUAUCGAAUAUUGAAUACGUGCUCCGUAACGGGAUGGUCACUAGCUCUGUUCAUCACAGGAUUCGACCUGUGGCUGCGGCGCAGUUUUUCAUUGUGCGAACUUCAGACGCCGAAGACUCGAACCAGGAGGGAGAUGACAACAGUGGUCAAGUCUAA